AUGUGCCAAUCUCCCAACAUCACCAUCUACGAGGCCUGCCCACCGCCGCCCGCGCCGCCGCCGAGCCCGGGCACGACGGCAGCUCCCCCUCCCCCUCCACCGACAUGCGACCCCAACACCUUUUCGUACGUCACAAUUUCGUACACCUGCCCGUACGAGGGUCGCACGUACACGCUAUACGAUGUGAAUGCGGGGUGCAUGCCGGACUGGAACACCUCCAAGACGUUUUGCGAAAAUCGGGGCAUGGAGCUGGCGCCUUGGGAUUCAGACGCAUCAAACGGCGCCCUUCAAAACCUGUGCACGAGUAACAAGUUCACCUGCUGGGCCGAUGGUAAUAAGCCGGCCGGAUUAUGUCCACUGCUUAGCCAGGAGGGUGCCGUACUGUUUCAGACAUGCGACCAACGUGUACGAUUUGUAUGCCGUACUACGAUUUACAAGCGUCCUUCACCGCCACCACCACCACCCUCCUGCAAUCCCUAUACGGCACCGUACCGUACUCAGACGUACAUUAAUCCAAUUGACUGCAAAAACUACACGCUGUACGAUACGGCAGCGUUAUGCAUGGCCGAUUGGUAUUCGGCAAGGGACUUCUGUGGGAGCAAAGGCCUGGAGCUGGUGCCGUACACGGAGGAUGCUGGCAUGAGUGGCUUGACCAGGCUAUGCUCACAAAAUAGCUUCACGUGCUGGACGGGAGCUAAAUCAGACACCGAGUUCUGUCCACUCAUGACUGCGAGUGGGCAGAUUGUACAACAGUCCUGCCAACAAUCUGUACGAUGGGACUGCAAGACGUACACAUUGUACGACAUGGAUGCCGUAUGCAUGACCGACUGGUACACGGCGGGGGACAUCUGCGACAGCCAGGGGCUGGAGCUGGUGCCGUACACGGAGGAUGCUGGAAGAGCUGGUUUGUCUGAGCUCUGUUGCUCACAAAAUAGCUUCACGUGCUGGACUGGAGCUAAAUCAGACACCGAUUUCUGUCCACUCAUGACUGCGAGUGGGCAGAUUGUACAACAGUCCUGCCAACAAUCUGUACGAUGGGUGUGCCGUACAACGGAUAGCAAGUGCCCGCCGUCACCGUUACCGCCACCACCUCCUCCACCCUCCCCAGAGCCUCCGCCGCCUCCCGCGACCGCAAGGGACAACGUGUUGACCUUGAUGGACGCUGGCUUCGAAUACCGCAUGUAUACGGUGGAUGCGAAACAGCGCUUGACACACAGCGGUGCUGCGGCCUACUGCGGGGGCCUGGGAGCAGGCUGGGACUUGGUGCCGUACACGGAUAACACGGGGUACGACGCUGUACGGCGGCUUUGCGCAGCCAAUCAAUUCACUUGCUGGCUGAAGCGCGCCGACAGUGACCAGUACUGCCCGCUCAUGGCUGCGGACGGGACCUUGCAAAUGCAGGGCUGCCAGCAGGACGUGAGGUUUGUGUGCCGCCGCCCAAGGCAGAUUGCCUAA